CACCGGGGUGACAGGCUCGUGCCACUCUUGUGACCCAGGUGAAGCUGCGGACAUGGCGCUGCAGUUUACAGAGGAGGACUUCCAGGAGGCGUGGAGGGAGCUGGACGAGCCUCAGCUGGACGGAGGAUGGGAGCUGUUCACCGAGACGAUGGGGGUCAAAAUCUACCGCCUGUACGACAAGGAAACUGGACUUUAUGAGUACAAAGUCUUUGGUGUGCUCACCACCUGCACUCCAGAGCUGUGUGCAGAUGUCUACAUGGACUUGGCCUAUCGGAAACAAUGGGAUGGAUAUGUCAAAGAGCUGUAUGAGAAGGACUUUGACGGACAUACAGCCAUCUACUGGGAAGUGAAAUACCCAUUUCCUCUGUCGAACCGAGAUUAUGUGUAUGUGAGGGAGCGGAGAGACCUCACUGUCGAUGGCAGGAAGAUCUCGGUGAUCCUGGCCAGAAGCUCCACGCAGACCCCCUGUGCAGAAAAGAGUGGGGUGCUGAGGGUGAAGGACUACAAGCAGAGCGUGGCCAUGGAGAGCGACGGCGCCUGUGGCACUAAAGUUUUCAUGAACUACUUUGAUAACCCUGGUGGCAUGAUUCCCACCUGGCUGGUGAACUGGGCAGCUAAGAGUGGGGUUCCAGCUUUCUUAACAGACAUGCAGAAGGCCUGCAGCAAUUACAAAAACCACUGCCAGAAGAAAUGAAUGCAACUGAUGGGGAUUGCCUCAUGCCCAAGGGCUACUAUUAACACACUGUUCAGUAAAUUCUAGUUUUUAUUUUCUGUGAAUUAUUCGGAUGCUGAUAUGACUGAUUGUGACUUUUUCCUGUGGUAGUGGGUGAAAGUGUCAUAGUGUGGAUUGCUACAUGUUAUUGUAGCAUACUGUUGACUGCAGCAUGUGCAUGACAGGCUGCCCUCAUUAAAGGGCUGGUAUGAAAUCUGUAUUGUUCCAUUGUGCUGUAUCAACAAAUACUGUGCUGGCUUUUGUGUGCAAUUAACGUCCACUCCCUCCAGGAUUUUGGAGUUUAUUUGGAAUAAUUUGGGAUAAAUAUAUUCCUUUUUUUUUUUUUUUUUUUGCACUGAAUCCUGACAAAUUGCAAGGCAGUUUGUGAGUCUUUUAUUACUUUAAAGAGGAGAUAGUGAAUGUGGUGAAUCCACAACAGUGAUUGGUAAAGAUUGCAGCUCUUCACAAAUAACCAGCUUUGACCUCUUAAUUUGGCUGUAAAAUCCUGCAAAAUUCUGGAGGCACUGAACAUUUGAUUUUUUUUAAAACAUAUUUUACAUAUGUGACAGUCAGAUAAAAAUAUAAUUUGAUUUAUUGUAUGUAUUAUUUAACACUUAAAUCUCCCCAUUGUCAGUUACAAUCACUGGAAUACACAUUUUAUUUGUGAUAAUCAUUUGCUUUCAGAGGUGUUAUUAACUGUAUAUUUGGCUGUAGCUACUAGAGUUACACCCAAGAUUCUAGGAUUAUAGCCUACUUGAGAUUACUUUUGAAAGGGUAAGUUACCCGUGCAAGGUCAUGUAACAAUACAGUAUCCUGCUUAGUUAUGGAUGCAAAAUAAUGCAUGUACUAUCAAACAUUUUUUAGGCAGAAAUGUAUAAGACUACAACCAACCUCAGUACUCCUGUUGUUUCAGGUGAAUAUGGAUUUGAUCCUACAAUCAUCAGCUUGUAUUACUGUGCAACAGAUGAAUAAAUUUUCAUUUGGGAAUCUGCUCUGUAAUCCAUGUGCAUUGGUUGUGUUAUACAAUGUUUGUGUAAUGCAUUCUUUCCAUCACAGUAAAGGAUU